GCCUAAGGCCUAAACACCCAUGGGGGUACAGGGGAAAGCGGGAACGCCACACGGACUCUGGCGAGGCAACACGUGUGCAUGCAACAUGCACACAUUCUGGCUCCGGCUACGAGAUCCGUCGGGUGGUACCUCCGCGAUCGACAGUCAGAGACCGUCUACCACCUACGGACAAUCACAACAUCCAUAGCCAAAAGAAAAAUUCCUCUUGGGACGGGUUUC